UCAUAAGGCUAUGUGUAAAUUCUGUCGACAUCGUCUUGUCUUUUAUCUGAGCUCCUCCAGAAAUCAUCAUUUUCUAGUACUAAAAAUGCGUAUGGUAUAGAACGGUACGGUAAGUCCAGAGUAUUCAGUAUGUCACUUGGCAGAAUCAUUCACAACACUACGCGGUUUGAACCGUCGCAUUUUACCAUUGAAUAGGCUUAUCGGCGCGAGGUCCUGUUUACCGUGCCAACCUUGUUCUUCAAUGUGAAACGAAACGUCUUAAGUAUUGAGAUCUUGAUGAAUUACUUUCGCGAUCUAUUGAGUCUUUGUUGGCCUAUCAUGAGGCAAUGGCGUACCGUCUCAGAAGCCCCAGUCAUAUUGGCAUAUUUCUCUUGAUUGUGCUUGUUUGCGUUUACCUAUAUGAUAAACAGUCUACGAAUUUACAAUCAUCAAUCCUUCAGUUUUCGGACAAUGAGCAGAAGCCUUCUGCAGACAUCCUCCAGUCACUUUCACUGACAGAAGACCAAUGCCACGCAACUUUUCCAGGCUUGACGAAAGAGAUUGAUGAUGCAGUGGCUCGAGGACCAUUUCCUCUGAAGAGACAGCCGGAUCACCAUACCGGGCUUGUGCAAGGGAGAAUAAAGGAUGGAAAGGUGUUCAUCAUUUCUGCGGACCCCAACCCGUCCCGGAAUAUGCUCCAGGAGCGAACUUCAGUCUUACACCAAAUUCACCGUGCCGUUACUACUUCUCCUUCGCCUCUUCCGAACACUAUUUUCGCGUUCAAUAUACUCGAUACUCCAAUGAAUAAUUCAUGGGCAUUCUCAAGAUCGAACGACCCUAAAAUUGAAAACGGAAAUUACUGGGUUAUGCCGCACUUCAGUUUUUGGUCGUGGCCGGUUUCCUUUAUUGGAACCGUCGAUCAAGCUAUGUCCAAGAUUGAUCGUAUAGAGAUGGAUAAGCAUUGGACCGAGAAAAUCGACAAAGCGGUUUGGAGAGGAACGGGAUGGUUCAAUACCGUCGGUAACAAGGACUCGCGGCCAAGCUUGAUUCUGAAGGGUAAAGAUAAAGAAUGGGCAGAUAUAGAAGCUCUUAAUUGGACCACAAACGGCGACAGUGCCAAAAAUGCUAUCGGGAUAGAAGAUUUUUGCAAGUACAAAUAUAUUGUUUACACGGAGGGCAUAACCUACUCUGGGCGUCUACUUUUCCAUCAGGCGUGCGCUUCCGUUAUUCUCACACCACCACCGACUUAUUUACUUCACCAAACACACUUUGUACGUCCCAUAUUUUCAAAAACAUUCCUCCCGGCGCGUGAAGUGUCUGCAAAAUUCCAAUAUGACUGGACAACUCGUUGGCCCAACACCUACGGACUAAAUGAAGCGAACAUCAUAUUCGUUGAACCCGACUGGUCAGACCUUGAGGAAACAAUCAUGUACUUGCGGAACCACCCUGAGAUAGCUACUGGUAUUGCUAAAAGACAAAGAGAACUGUUCACAAGAUACUUAUCUCCAGCUUCUGAGGCUUGUUAUUGGAGAGCUCUUAUACGUGGUUGGAGUAAAGUUGCUGAACCACACUAUGAAGAUGGCGGUUGGGCUAGAUGGGAUGCAGAAGGGGUCGAAGAUGGCGAGGGAAUGAGGUGGGAAACAUUCAGUUUACUUGGGAAAGUCUCCCAGAACUGAGGCCCUUCGCGGAAAAUCGGAAUUUAUGUUUCGGAGUCAGGCGUAUCCUAUUUUAUGUAGACACGGUCCUAUAACCUCACGAUUCAAGCUACCGUUCAUCAUUUUCGUUUCCCAUAAAAGUUCCAAAAACAAAAAAAAACUUUGCAUCUCUGCA